CAAGCAGAAGAUAAUUUGAAUAAUUCCAUACCGAAAGUGGUGAAAAUUUGAGCGAUUCAGGAACUGUUACGAUCGCGUCAAAUGAAUGAUUACCGCUGUACAGCCAGACUGCCAAUGCGGUUUUAUUAUUAACUACGAUUAUAGGUAUGGAUCCGUAUUAAAGUUCCCGCAAAUCGUCGUGAUUUCAUCUCGAUUUCGUCGCAGCCGUACCUCGAACGUGGUAUAAAAUCCACCGGCUUCGUAACAUUAAGCUAUUCUCUUUCAGCCAAGACAUGCAGCACUUGUGCCAAGUUGCUAAUGAUUCCAAAGGCGCUUCUGUUAACGAUGACGUUGGUAGGAAUUUUGAGCGAACCUCAAGGACCUGCCUAUCUUCCGCCUACAGCAACUGGAGCGCGACCAGCUCCUGCUGCCGGUCAUCCGGACGAAUGGGCCGGUGAUUCAGCGAAUUACGAAUUUUCAUACGAAGUGGAGGACGCGGUAGCUGGCUUAAACUUUGGCCACCACGAGUCACGAAAAGACAAUGAAGCAACUGGAACUUAUCACGUGCUAUUACCAGAUGGUAGAACACAAAUCGUCGACUACGUUGCCGACGGUGGUGGCUAUCGGCCAAUGGUACGAUACGAGGGAACGGCAACUUAUCCAGCUCCGGGAUCUGCUCCAAGGGCAUCGGCUGCUACCGCAGGAUCCACGAGUAACGAAGGAUACAGAUACUAAACAUUUACAUACGUCAAAGUUGCUUUUUCAAAGCAGGUAAAAAAGUUCGGGGAACGACAGGACGUUCGUUGUGCACCAACAAGACAAUUCAGCUCGAAAUAUUGAUUUAUAAAAUACAUAUACUUAGAACGUGUAAGCAAGUUAUAUCUUACAAUAAAAACUCCGAAAGCUA